UGCACUUUUUUCCAGAGAUUUUGUAUUUAGAGAUUUGUAGCUUAAUAUAUUAUUGCGCCUUAGCUCGAUGUACGACUGCAAAGAACCGCUGGAGAGGCGCCUGUGAGGUGAGAUGUUGAUUGGAGAGCUCUGUUUCCUCCAUCAGUUGGUGCUGAAGGAGCCGCUUCCUGCUGUCUGUCUGUCAUCGCGAGGACGAGGAUGCUGCCGUUCAGCAGACGCAGGACUCACGAGCGCGCUGGUGCCAGCCAAACGUCGGAUCACUUCAAUCGAGCGUGACGUUGUGGGAUCCAGCGAUUGAUUGUAUGUUGGCCAAGAUAACGAAGGAUUGGAAUUUCGUCCUUCUCGCGAAACCUCUGCCUUGUAAAUUCUGUGGCAGAUCCGUCUUUAAGUCUCUCUUUGAGAUGUGUAUCGAUCUUUUUUAAAGAUGUCGUCAUCCUAUAUGUUCAUGGGUCGGAUUUUUGAAGGGCAGGGACGUGGAAGUGAAGGAGCACGUUCAUUCUCUUCAUAAUAACGCCUCAUCUGUUGGAUACUAAUAUAAGCCGCGCUGAUGGAAAAUACGGGAUCACAGGUGGUCUCGCUGGAGCAGCAGGUGGAGAGUGUGGAGAGGAGCAUUGUGUUCCUUAGACAGGAGCAGCUGUCUCUGCUGCAUGGACUACAUCUGGAGAUCCUGUCCCUCCAGAAACGCUGUACAGAUGCAGAGAAGAGCAGGGUUACAUUGCUCACUUUGAUGGCUCAGGCUGCAAAGAGAGAACCACGGGUCAAUAGCUUCCUGUCAGUGCAGGAACUUACACAGGAACUCAACAUGAAGCCCCCAGGCAGAAGUGAAGCAGAGGUGAAAGAGGAAGAGGAGCAGCUGGAAGCUCGUUGUGGGGAGGUGGAGGAGCAUCUGCAGGAGCAACAACAGAUCCAGAGUGAUCUGCGAUGGGAGCUGAGUCAGAAGUCGGUUUUGGUGGGUGCUCUCCGCGCUAGUCUGAAAGAAAAGGAGCGCCAUUUCUUGGAGGAAUUAAAACACCGCAGCCACAGAACCACUGCGCUCAACACUGAGCUGCAGAAGCAGACGGAGACGGCUGCGUACCUGUCCUUCCAGCUGCAUUCAGCCAAGCAGAAACUCCAGCAGCAGCGCAGGAGGCCACCCCAGCCCGGUGCAGACAAGCCUCCCGCCCACCCUGUACCUCAGGCCAGUGCCAGCAGCCCGACCACCAUCAAACCCAAACGACGGAGCUCAAGCCGGCUCUCCUCGAAUCUCCGCACCGAACGCGCCAGGGAGUGUGUACCCCGCGAGAGGGUGACGGGCCCCGAGGAGCCGAUGGCCAUGCCUGACCCUGCCCUCUUCCUCUACCCCUACAGACACAGAUCCCGGCUCCGCCCACCACACAGACACGCCCUGCAGGAAGCAGAGGGGGAGGAGUCAGAGGAGCUCGAUCAGGGAGCUCCAGUAAGCAGACUGGCAACAACAGUAGCUAAAGCCACUGCGACCACUGCAUCCACCACAGAGAACAACGCUGAAUGAGUGUUUCUUUUACAGUUCGACCUGCUUGUUUUUAUGAUAUCCAAACCUGAAUUGCACCUUGAGCCCCUUGGGAAAACCUUUGCAUUAUGACAGUGACAGAAACGUUUAUAUUUGCAAUACGGUUUGCUUUUUUUACAGUUUGCACAUGCGGUGAUUAUUAGACCAAGGAGAGAUUUUUGCUUACGUUCUUGUUGAACCAAAAUCGACUCGUGUUUAUGUUGCUGUAAGGCAUUUUUGUAAUCAAAAAUUUACCCUGAGGACCUCAAUACACAAAUAUGAAGUGCUCCAUAAGGCCUGUUUUAUGCAUCCUGCAUCUGCAGAC